GAUGAUGACCCCAUCUGACUUCAUGCCAGUUUUUUUGGAGAGUCAACAACGACUCCAUAUCAGCAUGCGACCACCGUGACCUUUAAUUCCUUCAGCGACUUGUCUCUCGUCUUCCUUUCCGCCUACUUGCCUCUCCACGAGCAGCAUGAUACUUCAUAGGCGCAAUGGACGGUGAUCCGGCGGUCGAGCCUGAGGUGGACUCCUUCAGUCUAUUUCUCCCGCUCCCUUAUCGAGUCGCGUUCAUUGCUGUUCUCGGGAUUUGGGCAUGGGGCCUGAACCUUCACUACCUUCACCUUGUCAGGAUUGAUGUACCUGCGCUCAUACGAUACCCUGCCCGUUCAGGUCAACAGUCGUCCAGCCAUCACCAUGCAACCUAUCAACUAGCAACGCUCCUGACUCUUCCUCUUGUCGGAUCGCUUCUCUUGUUUUGGCUUAUCACAAGAGGUGACAGGCAUGCUGCGCUAUCGUGGCAGAUCCUCCCUCAGUCGUACCUCUUGUUCCUCAUGUUAUGCUUCCUCCUGCCGAUCAAGCGCAUGUCACGAUCGGGUCGUCUACACUUCCUCUCGACGCUGAAAAGAAUAAGCUUGGGUGGCUUGGCGGAAGUUCAAGAUGGGAAAUUUGGGGAUAUCCUACUGGCUGAUGUUCUCACAAGUUAUGCCAAGGUGUUGGGAGAUCUGUUUGUUUCGACUUGCAUGCUCUUCUCUCGAAAGACGACGAGUACGGCCAAGCCUGACCGGGGAUGUGGCGGAGCAUAUCUUGUGCCCCUGAUCAUCAGUAUUCCCAGCAUGAUACGUCUCCGACAGUGCCUGAUUGAAUAUCUUCGUGUUCGCCGGAACCGCACGUCGAUGUCUGGAUGGGGUGGACAACAUUUGGCCAAUGCACUCAAAUAUGCUUCUGCUUUUCCAGUCAUUGUGCUGAGUGCUUUGCAACGAGGUUACGAUCCCACGACGUUUCACAUGACCGAAGCUGGGUUGUUUAGGCUAUGGUAUGGGCUCUUUGCAUGGGUAUCAGACAACGAUGCUGACAUGCAUGUACAGGUUACUUUUCGUUUUUGUCAACUCAUUCUAUUCGUUCUAUUGGGACGUGGCCAAAGACUGGGAUCUGUCACUGUUCUCGUCGAGCCGGGAGAGGAACGAUCCCGAGCAUCCCUAUGGCCUACGAAGGUAUCGGUAUUUUCACGCCAGGGAAAUGUAUUAUACGGCCAUUGUGAUAGAUCUUCUACUGCGUUGUACAUGGAGCUUCAAGCUCUCCCCGCACUUAGACCACUUCAACGAUCUCGAGGGUGGGAUUUUCCUCAUGGAGAUUUUGGAAGUACUGCGGCGUUGGAUGUGGAUAUUUCUCCGGGUCGAGACAGAAUGGGUGCGCAAUAAUCGUGGACCUGCUCCAGAUGAUAUAUUAUUGGGAGAAUACGGUGGAAAGCUAGACGAGGAUUAAACCGGCGUUGUUUUGUCAUUAGUACAGGAUAAGAUGUAGCUGAAGUUGUGAAGAAGUUAUCAAGUGAUAUUGCC